AUGGCUCACCAUAGCAGCGUUUCCGACCCCCGCUGGCACUCGAUGCCAGGCCAGGACCGAGAGGUCCGGCCAGCAGGACCGUCGUUGGCCGGCAGCCCAGUCCGCUUUGUAGGCGGUCAGUUCGCAGGGCGUACGCUUCGAGCCGUGCUAAACGAAUUGCAGAAGGCAGAUCUAGGCCGAAAGUACGCGCGGAAAGACCGCAGGCCGCUGGACCCACCGCCAGUCGUCCAGUUCCAAUUGUUCGAAGUGUCCAACGCCGGUACGCCCUCGCAGACUGAGCAGGAAUUCGAAGACUACGAUGCGAUCAAGAGUUUUGGCGUCCUCUGUCACGUCGACCUCUUCCCGGUCCCGGACCAGGAUGGAGACCAGUCUGAUGGCAGCGCAGAGUCGACAGCCUCACAGGCGAGCGCAAGCACUUUCCACGCCGCGGCUUUCUCUGCCCCGUCGCCUGCGCUGGGGCCGUCGAGAACCUGCGCAAAUCCGUACCAUUCAGGCUUCUCGCCUCCACCCUCGCCCGGGACCUAUGUCAUGCCCCAGCUAAUGCCCUCGUCACUGGCCCAUCACAUGCAUUCAAUCCCGGCCUCUGCGCCAGACGUCCUCCCCUACCCGCUUCCGACAGGCACCGCACCGCUGUUGCAGCCGUUCUCCAUGGUCGUGGCAGCUCCUUUACCUGAUCUUUCUAUACCAGGAGCGAUCCCUGAGCCCAUGAGCACCGCGUCGCCCGUGCGCGGUCAAUCACCCCCGGGGCCGUUCGAUCCCGACAUCAUCGCGUACAUGGGCGACUUCGCCAUACGAGAGAGCUCCAAAUGUACCACAGACCUCGUAGGCGCGACCUUCGUGCAGUCCUCCGGCCUGGAAUACAAGGGUAGGAAGGCGCUUAUGUUCGUGUUCUCGGACCUUGCAGUGAAGACGGAAGGGACGUUUAUACUGCGCUAUCGUGUUUUCAACAUAUUCUCGCGAGCAUCUGCGGUAGACAUACCUAUUCUCGCCCAAUGCUUUGGCGGGCCGUUCAAGAUCUACCCGAGCAAAGAGUUCCCGGGCCUGCGCGCCUCGACGGACCUCACGAAGCACAUAUCCCAUUUCGGCGUACGGCUGAACCUGCGGGAGACGGAGCGCAAGCGACGGCGGCGCAGCAAGAGCCCGGUGGAUAGGUCACAGGACAGCGCGACGCCUUCGUCGGGGGCGUCUUCGUCGUCUGCCACCACAAGCUCUUCUGAUCGCAGCGAGUCCCGCGCAAGGGCAGGGAGCGUGUUCUGCGCACGCUUGCAACAGCCUUGCGGCAUCUCCGCGGACACCCAUGGGGCACUGGUGACCUAG